AUGGAAAUGUCAAACCUGACAAAACUCUCUGAAUUUAUCCUCUUGAGACUCUCCUCUCGCCCUCAGGACCAGAAGCCACUCUUUACCCUCUUUCUUAUCAUAUAUCUGGUCACCUUGAUGGGAAAUCUGCUAAUCAUCUUGGCUAUUCAUUCUGAUCCUCAACUCCAAAACCCUAUGUAUUUCUUCCUAAGCAGCCUGUCCUUUGCUGAUAUUUGCUACACAACAGUCAUAGUCCCCAAGAUGCUGGUGAACUUCUUAUCAGAGAAAAAAACCAUUUCCUAUGCUGCAUGUCUGACACAGAUGUACUUCUUCCUGGUCUUUGGAAACAUAGAUAGUUAUCUCCUAGCAGCUAUGGCCACUGACUGUUAUGUGGCCAUUAGUAACCCCUUCCAUUAUAUUACUGUUAUGAACCAAGGAUGCUGUGUGUUACUACUGGCCUUCUCCAUCACUUUCUCCUAUCUCCACUCUCUUCUACAUGUCCUCCUGGUAAAUCAGCUCACUUUUUGUGCAUCAAAUGUUAUCCAUCUUUUUUGUGAUGUCAACCCUGUUCUGGAACUGUCCUGCUCUUCUACCUUUGUCAAUGAGGUUGUGGUAAUGACAGAAGGGCUGGCCUCUGUGAUGGCUCCAUUUGUCUGUAUUAUCAUCUCUUACCUGAGAAUUCUCAUUGCUGUUGUUAAGAUUCCCUGAGCAACUGGAAAACGCAAAGCCUUCUCCACCCGCAGCUCUCAUCUCACUAUAGUGACCCCGUUUUAUGGGAGUAUUAGCUAUGUCUAUUUUCAGCCCUUGUCCAGCUAUACUAUCAAGGACCAAAUAGCAACAAUCAACUAUACUGUGUUGACAUCAAUGUUGAACAGAUUUAUCUACAGUUUAAGAAACAAAGACAUAAAACGGGGUUUAGAGAAAUUAAUAAACAAGAUUAAGUCUCAAAUGGACGGAUUUUCUUCUACAAAGGUCAAUGAUAUCCAUGAAUUCUGA